CGCGAGACAUCCCGCACUCCGACCACUCUUUUCCGCCUUCUCUUCGCUCCCUCGCCUUUUUACGUCAUCACGGCAGCGCAGGCAAGGCAGAGGGGAACGGCGCGAUCGGUGGCUGGGAAGCGGGGAGGAGCGAGCCGGAGCCGAGCGUCCCGGUUCUGUGGAAAGCCCAUUAAUGAAUUCAUCGCACAUGUCAGAUGGACAGGGAUACAGUUCUUUGGUCCCAGGCAUAUAUUCUCAGCAAAUGGCAACCAAGAAUCCUCUGCAUACAUCUCCUGGACUAUAUAACUGUGGUGGUUCUCAGAAUGCUUCACCUUUUAGUAAUUAUCAGGGACCUGGGCAGACGCUUAAUAGACCACCAGCUGGAUCUAUUCCACUGGCAACUACACAUCUGGGACCUGCUGCUCAAAUGCCUCCUCCAUUGCAGAACUCAGCUGCUGUAUCAACCACUUCAGGUAGCUUUCCUUCUGGAGUUAAUCUCCCAGCACAUUCAAAUUGGCAGUAUGGACAGACUCCUUUGAAUCAGCCAACAGUGGGCUCUCAAGCAAACCAUUAUGCUCACUCAGCAGCCACAGCAGCGACUCAGCCAUUGUUGUCAUCAGGGAAUACAAAUCUACCAACAAGCUAUCAUUAUGUUUCUUCUCCUGGAGGUCCUCCAGUUCAAAACAGCUACGCAAAGCCAGGUUCUGGUCCUCUGCCAGUUAACCAGCUAGCGUAUUCAUCAGUUAGACCUCCCUUAGGUCCACCUCAAGUUGGAAGUCCAGCCUCUAACCGGCCUUCAGCUUCCCCAUCAGGUCCACCAGCAAGCAUUGGAUCCCAUCCUGUACAUAAUUUAGUAGUUAAACAAGAAGCAGGUGAUGCUACAUACACUGCCAGUGAUGGAUCAAUGGUCCAGAACAAUUAUGAUACAAUAGAAGGAGGUGGCUUCUUGGCAACCAUGCAUACUCCUGCUCCUCAGAACCUUAAAACAAACAGACAUGUUGGAAGUUCUUAUCCCAGCUUGCCACCAGGCUAUCAAAAUACAUCUCCACCUGGAGCACCAAGAAUGCAGUCCCCAGGGUUGCAGUAUCCAGGUGGACCACAACAGUUCCCUUUGCCUUCCUUGGGAGCUAAUGCCUUAGCUUCGUCUGUGGCUGGACUCAGUCUUCAGCCAGAAGGAUUAAGACCUAUCAAUCUUCUUCAAGAGAGAAAUAUUCUUCCUGCAACACCCUUGCAGGCACCAUUUCCAAAUUUACAUGAAGAUAUCCAGAGGCUCAACUGUAAUCCAGAGCUGUUCCGAUGUACCUUGACUAACAUUCCUCAAACUCAGGCCUUACUGAACAAAGCCAAACUUCCUUUGGGACUCCUGCUUCAUCCUUUCAAAGACUUAUCGCAAUUGCCCGUGGUAACAUCCAGUACAAUUGUGAGAUGUCGUAGCUGUAGGACGUAUAUAAAUCCUUUUGUCAGUUUUCUUGACCAAAGGAGAUGGAAAUGCAACUUAUGUUACAGAGUGAAUGAUGUUCCUGAAGAAUUCAUGUACAAUCCUGUGACAAGAGUUUAUGGAGAACCUCAUAAAAGACCUGAAGUUCAAAAUGCCACAAUUGAAUUUAUGGCUCCUUCUGAAUACAUGCUACGUCCACCUCAGCCUCCUGUGUACCUUUUUGUGUUUGAUGUAUCUCAUAAUGCAAUAGAAACAGGAUACUUGAACACUGUAUGCAAGACCGUGUUGGACAAUCUAGAUUUACUCCCAGGAAACACAAGAACAAAAAUAGGCUUUAUAACAUUUGACAGCACAAUCCAUUUCUACAGUCUUCAGGAAGGUCUCUCUCAGCCUCAAAUGUUAAUAGUUUCAGAUAUUGAAGAUGUGUUUAUACCGAUGCCAGAGAACUUACUAGUGAACUUAAAUGAAAGCAAAGAGCUAAUUCAAGAUUUACUGAGAACAUUGCCUCAGAUGUUUACCAGCUCCCUGGAAACUCAGAGUGCUUUGGGUCCUGCACUACAGUCUGCCUUCAAACUGAUGUCCCCCACUGGUGGUCGGAUUUCUGUCUUCCAGACACAGCUUCCAUCUAUAGGAGUGGGUGCACUCAAACCUCGUGAAGAGCCUAACCAAAAAGCAUCUGCAAAGGAUAUACACCUUACACCAUCUACUGACUUUUAUAAAAAGUUGGCCUUGGAUUGCUCAGGACAGCAGAUUGCAGUUGACUUGUUUCUUCUUAGUGGGCAGUAUUCUGACUUGGCUUCAUUAGGGUGUAUAUCAAGGUAUUCAGCUGGUAGUGUCUAUUACUACCAAUCUUACCAUCAUCAACACAAUCCUCUUCUGGUAGAGAAAUUACAGAAAGAGCUUAAACGAUACUUGACUAGAAAGAUCGGUUUUGAAGCUGUCAUGAGGAUAAGGUGUACCAAAGGUCUUUCCAUUCAUACCUUCCAUGGCAACUUCUUUGUACGAUCAACAGAUUUGUUAUCUUUACCCAAUGUGAACCCUGAUGCAGGAUAUGCUGUACAAAUGUCAGUGGAAGAGAGUCUGACAGACAUGCAGGUGGUCUGUUUUCAGUCAGCCCUCCUGUAUACAUCUAGUAAAGGUGAAAGGAGGAUUCGUGUCCACACCUUGUGUUUACCAGUUGUUACCCAGUUGAGUGAAGUUUAUCUGGGAGCUGAUGUGCAAGCUAUUAUUGGGCUUUUAGCCAAUAUGGCCGUUGACCGGUCUGUUUCUGCUAGUAUGAGUGAUGCUCGUGAUGCAUUACUGAAUGCUGUAAUAGAUUCCCUGUCUGCAUACCGGUCCUCUGUCCUAAACAUUCAGCAGCCUGGUCUCAUGGCUCCCAUCUCGCUACGUCUCUUCCCACUAUAUGUACUGGCUCUCUUAAAACAGAAAGCAUUCCAAACUGGGACAAAUACACGUUUAGAUGAUAGAACCUUUACCAUGUGUCAAGUGAAAAAUCAACCCUUGGUGUACCUCAUGCUUAUGAUACAUCCCAAUCUGUACAGAAUUGACAAUCUCACAGAUGAGGGUGCUCUCUAUAUCGGUGACAGAACAAUACCUCAGCCACCCAUUCUCCAGCUAUCUGUUGAGAAGAUAAAUAGGGAUGGUUCUUACCUUAUGGAUGCUGGCUCUGUUAUGUUUUUAUGGGUUGGUAAGAAUUGUGGACAGAACUUUAUCAGCCAUGUCCUUGGAGUUCCAAACUAUGCAUCGAUCCCACACAAUAUGACACAUCUUCCAGAACUGGACACAGCUGAAUCUUCUAGAGUGCUUGCUUUUAUCUCUUGGCUGAGGGAGCAAAGGCCAUUUUUCCCUAUACUGUAUAUAAUAAGAGAUGAAAGUCCAUGGAAACCAAUGUUCCUACAGAAUAUGAUUGAAGACAGAACAGAAUCAGCCUUAUCAUACUAUGAGUUCCUUUUGCAUAUUCAGCAGCAAGUGAAUAAAUGAACCACUCGGCUACGUUGUUUGUCUUCUCAAAGGAAUGUCCUGCCGUACAGAAAGCUUGUGCUUGUAAUGCUCCUACUAAGUUUUUUGGCCUGAUGCAGUUGAUGAGAACCUCACUGUGAUUUCCCAGAAAACCCACACCAGAGAAUCAAAUGUACAACUACAUGAUAGUGUACUUUAAAACAUUAAAAUCUAUUUGAACAACAUCGGAUGCCCUUUAAUUUGCUGCAAAAUAAUUCACUGUAAGUUGCGGCAUGACUUAUUAAGGCAAUAUUGAAGAGGUGGGUCUUCAUAAACUAGACUUUUAUUCAAAUAUUGUUUCUGACUUUUUGUUUUUGUUCUUUCUGUUUUGCUGCUACAUUUAAAACCUCCCAAGACUGAGUUGCAGGAAAACUAUGUGAAACAAUUCAUGGCGAAGUGAACAAAUAUGUACAAUAAUUAAUGAACUGUUUCCAGUGCUUUUUUAAAUGAAUUAUGAUGAAUAGGACAAAAAAGUGGACUUGGAAGUGGUUGAGAUAGGUUAAAAUGAAUAUGCAAUAGUUCAUUUUAAAAGCUUUAGGAUGCAUCAAUAUUCUAGUUCUUUAAAGAGAAGAAUAAAUUUGCAUUAUGUCCAGUGAGAAUUGUAAUCAAGUGGCCUGAUUCAGCUGCAAAAAUGGCAAACAUAAACCCUAGUGUUGGAUGUUAACAUGGUGUGUGUAUAGUCUUAAUUCAUUAAUUGAAAGUAAAUAGGGGAACAGAAAAUACAACCAAAAGUCAUGCUCUUUUUAUGGAUUGCAUUUGAUUAAAGUCACAUUUUAUACUGGGUUUUUUAUAAAAUCGUGCUUACUGAUGUGACACUAAACCAUAAUUUUCACUACAUUAGAAGCAAUGUUGACUGGCUUAUUUGACAUUCAGAGCAGCAUUCAAUCAUAAGAAGUAAUGUUGCCAUUUAUAAUUAAAAAAUCACUUGACGAAGGAAGAAUUUUGUGGCUUUAAUGAGAAUUUUUCAGAAAUUCUACUUAAUAGAAACAAGCAAGAAGCCCAAGUUCUUUGUAGUAUGUGCACAUAGAAUAAAAGUUGGUUUCACUCACACCCUGUAGAUUAAAAUCAUGACAAAUAAUAAUUUGUGUUUUUUGAUAUGUCUGUAUAAAUUACUACACAAACAACCUACAUCAGUAAUCAAUCUUUAGUGGCAUAAAGUUGUGGCUGAAAUGGAUUUCAAUGCUUCCCCUAUUACACUCCCAAGAACAGUGGAGUGGAAAUAAAUUAUAUUUUUUCAUUGUACUACUACUUUCCUGUUGUGGAAUAAUCCUUUGCAGCUAUUUCCAGGCCAUUGCUUCAGUUCAGCUAUAAGUGAUUAACUGAUACUGCCUCAGUGCCAGGCAUGGGUAGAUGUUAUCUGCACAAAAAGCCAUUGAAGUGCUCUACUGAACAGUGGUGUUUAUAAACCAGCAUUUCGAAUCGGAAUAGCACCCCCUUUAUCAUAACCACAUUGCCUGCUAAUCUAGGCAGUCUGACAGUGUGGUCUGUGAAAGUUACUUACAGAUUUGUUACUUUCGUGUAACAGUGAAGAAAAGUGUCUCUUCUUAAAAGGAUUAAAAUACAUCUGUUUGAAAUGUUAAAUUUGAAAUACCUUGUUGCCUGUGUCACUCUUGUGUAAACUCCAGUUUAGUUAUUUAAUGAGAAUUUGUCAUCAGUAAUGGUAAUUCACUUUAGAAGCGUAUGAUAUGUGCUUGUGAGUACUGAAAAUCAUCUACUGGGUGCCUCACAACAUGUCCAAAGCCUGAAUUUCUCUCUCCCCGCCCCCGGUUCCAUUGACUCUUCAAUUGCCCCAGUCUAGCAGUGGUAAUCACCACACACUAACAGUUGUAUGUGCAUAGGUUUUCCUUCUGGCUAGAGUAUGUGUAUAUAAACAAGUGCUGUGCAUGCAGAAAAUGUACAGCCAGCACCCGGAGAGCUGGAAUGUGUGCUGCCACUUGCCAUAUGCAUACAAUGCUGAACUGAUGGAUGGUUCUGCCAGCCUUGACAGUGUUUCUUGUAUAGAGAGAUCCUUGUAUGCAAGAACUUGUGUGUGCGCCCGGGGGGCGGUGGGGGGGGGGCAGAGGUUCCGGACACAACUUCAUGUUAGCCACAAAUAAUGGCUUUCAAUAAAAUACCUACUAGAGAAACUUAUUUGAAGAAUAGAUCCGUAACCAUCUCUUAAACUUAAGAAUAGUGAGCACAUGAUUCCGUCUGGGUAGGUAGAAUGCUUUUUGGAAUAUUCAUACACUUUUUGCAAUACUGACUUUUUUCUAAUUUUAUUCCUUGUGAUGGAAAAAAGACAUCUUCAACAUAUUAUUUUUUUAAUAAUGGGGAUUGCAGGGCAGACUUAAAUACAAAACUACCUAUGCUGUACUGUAGCUACAACUGUCUAUUUUAAGAUCUACAACAACUUAACUAGGCAAGGGUGGCCCUGAUGCUUACAUCUUAGCAUGACAGUCCACAACAGAUGCCCUCUAUUUUUCUAGUUUAAGAUUUUUAAACAGUAGUUCAGCAUGAUUGAUAAGCAUGUUAAUCCAGUCAGCAUCAGAAACAUCUAUUUUAACUGGCACUUGCUCUCUAAUAACUUGCAUUGGAGUCAGUCUUGACUAUUUGCAAUAUUGAGGACAAAAUGAAUUUUCAUUCAAAGUUAAUUUAACAAUAUAAUCAGAUGCAGAAUGGCUAUUAAGGGACCAUCAAAUGUGACAUAGCUUCUGUUCACUAGUUACAGACUAAAUCUUAUAUAGUACAUUUGAUUUUGUAAAGUAGUGUAAAAUAUUGUAAUAUUAAUCCUUGUUUUCUGAAUUCAGACAUUGAUCUUCAGUGUAAAAUUGUAAGCCAUGCCCUUCUGAACCUGGAGGCAAGGUUUUACUUGUUCCCCUUUUUACAGUUUGUAAUUUUCACUGUUUUAUUCCUGUAAAAAGUCAUUUGUAACACAUGCAAAUGCUUAUUUUAGCUGUGAUAAUUUAUCAAAUUUGGCUAUUCAAUAAAAUUAAUUGAAAGAGUCA